AUGCUGGGGAAGUUUGUAAUCGCAUACAUCGACGACAUCCUGAUCUACUCUCCUGAUGAAGCAAGUCACCUGGAACAUGCCAGGUCAGUUCUUAAGUGUCUACUCAGUAAUCACCUCUACAUUAAAGCUGAGAAAUGUGUUCUCACGCAGGACAGUGAUUGGGGUGUGAAAUAUCCUGAUAAUCCGAUCUGUGCUGUGAGAGGAUUCAGUGUCUCCAUUCCCUGCAGUUAUUAUUAUGAUCCAACAUCAAAUCCCAAUAUUCAGGUGACACAAAAGCUUUGGUGCUCGAUGAACUCAAACACAGACAGGUCUUUAAACCCUCCGUAUGUUUAUGACAGCUCAUCAAACACCAGCUCAGACUUUGAGUACGCUGGAGACGACAAAUCAAACUGCACUUUAUUAAUCCACAAUCUACAGUUCAGUUAUUCUGGAGAGUACAGAUUCAGAUUUAUAACUGCUAAUCCUGAUGACAGAUGGACAGGUGUUCCUGGAGCGACUCUACAAGUUGCAGAUUUAAAGGUGUCACUAAUCAGGCUCAGUGGAAACGGGACCCUUAAACAAGGAGACUCGUUAAAUCUGAUGUGUGAUGUCACGUGUACACACAGUUCCUCACAGUUCAUGUGGUCUAAGAACAACAAGCUCUUACCUGAAUCAGGACCCGUUCUUCACUUUCCUGCUCUAACCGUGAGGGAUUCUGGGAAUUACACCUGCACUUGGAAAACCAACGAGGCCUCAGGAUCUGAAACGAUCAGCCUUCACGUCGAGGGUGGGGAUCUGGGUGUGAAAUAUCCUGAUAAUCCGAUCUGUGCUGUGAGAGGAUUCAGUGUCUCCAUUCCCUGCAGUUAUUAUUAUGAUCCAAACGCAAAUCCCAAUAUUCAGUUGAAGACAAAGCUUUGGUGCUCACCGAACUCAAACACAGAUUUCUGUGUAAACCCUCCGUAUGUUUAUGACAGCUCAUCAAACACCAGCUCAGACUUUGAGUACGCUGGAGACGACAAAUCAAACUGCACUUUAUUAAUCCACAAUCUACAGUUCAGUUAUUCUGGAAAGUACAGAUUCAGAUUUAUAACUGCUAAUCCUGAUGACAGAUGGACAGGUUGUCCUGGAGCGACUCUACAAGUUGCAGAUUUAAAGGUGUCACUAAUCAGGCUCAGUGGAAACGGGACCCUUAAACAAGGAGACUCGUUAAAUCUGACGUGUGAUGUGAACUGCACACACAGUUCCUCACAGUUCAUGUGGUCUAAGAACAACGAGCUCUUACCUGAAUCAGGACCCGUUCUUCACUUUCCUGCUCUAACCGUGAGGGAUUCUGGGAGUUACACCUGCACUUGGAAAACCAACGAGGCCUCAGGAUCUGAAACGAUCAGCCUUCACGUCAAGGGUGAAAAUCCUGAUCAGUGGUUAAUCUGGAUCAUUGUCUCGGUGUCAGGUGGAGUGAUUUUCACCGUCUCAGUCAUCGUAGGAGCUGUGAUUUACAUCAGGAGGAGGAAAUGUAAAGCUCUAGAAGAAAACGGGCAGGAAAGUGGAGAGAAAACACAGGUAUGACCUUUUCAAAGAAAUGUGCUUUUAAGUGAGCUGUUAAAAAGCGUAGUACAGAC